CGCUUGCAUGCGAUGCGCAAGGGAACCGCCGCUCUCAAGCGUCAGCAGGUGGCGCAGCUGCGCCAUCACCACCAGCAGCUGCUGGCUGCCGCUCCGGAGCUCGCCCUGGCCUCCUCUUCGCGCCUGGCUGCGGCCCUGAUCUCGUCGGCGGUGGCCCUGAGCGCCUCGUCCGCGAGCCUUGUAAAUAAUCAUCACCACAGCCAUAUGCAACAACAGCAACCGCAGCAGCCGCCACAGGCGCGCCAUCAUCACCAUCCGGCAACAUCUCACAGGCAUCACCACCACCACCACCACCACUCACAUCACCACUCGCACCACCAUCAUCAUCAGUGUCGCUCGAAACGCAAACUGCAGAAAUUGUAUUAUACGCUUUGCCGUUAGAUCUGUAGCCUAACUAUAUCUAUGUAUACUUGUACGAGAGAAAGUUUCUUAGAACCACCAGCAAAAUCAGCACUUAGCUUAAGUCGAGUCACACCUACCACGUCCUAUAUUAUAUGUCCAGUGUUUCGUCCCUUCUUUUUUGUAAAUGUAUUUAUUUAUUCCCAUUUUUUUGUAUGUUUUAUGUUUGGUCAUCUCAUUUUCGUAAUUCGCCCAAAACUGAAAGCAAAAUCUCAUCAGUGCAAUAAUAUACAUAAUCCGAAUAUAUAUGCAUAUAUAUAUAUAUAUGUGUAUUUAUAUAUAUGCUGAUUUUACAGACCUCUCUUAUUUUAGACAAACACUCCAUGCUAUUUAUUUGUAAUUGAAAAAGAUUUGUGAUUUGCGCACAUGAUAUAAAUUUCGUAGAGCAUCCACUGUAAUCGUAGCGUGUCUCAAGCAAUUUUCGUUUUAAGUACCCCAAUGAAUUUAUACAUCAUCCGCACAGUCGCAUAAAUCUAACCAGCCUAAAUCACAGACCCACAAGCCCUCUGAUUAAGUAUUACUUAGCGUACGUAAGCUUACUUUAAGUUGCAACUGGCAAGAAAACCACAACAAAAAAUGUACUUUACUUAGGUUGAUCCCCGGUUUCCAUCGCAAACUGGGGGCAAAGUAUCAAAUUUGUGAGACGAGAUUCGGCGGCGAUAGCAAUCUUCUCGUCCAGGCAUAGACGUAGUUUUUUCUGAUUGUGCUGGCCAAGUCAAAGAAGUACUCAAUGCGAAUAAAGCGAAUUUUGCCAAUUCAGAUCCGAGAAAUAAUUGUAAUGGCGCGCGUUCCUUAAACUAAAAUAUCGAUAUGGAGAUCAUUACCGCUUCCGCUUAUCCAACCAAGACAAGAAAGCCAGCAAACCGAGAGGAUCCAGUGAAACUUACUGUGCAUAAUAAGGGAAUAAUUACACACAAAAUUUCGUACCUUGUAGAAUUUGCAGUUCAAAAUUGCUUUAGAGUUUGUCGGUGUACAUUUUACGGAUUAAAAUGCACAAAACAUUUUUAGGCAAGAACCCUAUUAUCUAAAAUUACAGUCGGUCGUAUGUAGAUGUAAAUUGAACAUUAUAAAUGAAAACGCUGCGAAUUUGAAACCAAAAAGGUGCAGAGAAAGUCGAUCAAAAAACAAAAAAGAAUUCCCAAUGUAAAUUCUACUGAUUUUUGUGAGUCUGGUAAUAAAAUGAAUAAGCAUAUA